GCAGCCGCGGUGGCGGUGGCGGCGCAGAGCCCCUCAGUCAGGACUCGGGGACCCGUGGAGGCUCUCGGAGCCCUGACUCUGCAGCUGCGCCAGCACAGCUUCGGGGGGACAAGGCUUGCAAAGGGACAUUCCUCCUUUGUCUCUCUGUCCCUCCCUCGAGUCCUCCUGAGAUGACGGCUCUGGGCACAGCGGGUGCCGCCCGGGUGCUGGUUGCCCUGGUAGCUGCGGCUCUUUGCGGUCGCCCUCUCCUCGGAGUCAGCGCCACCUUGAACUCGGUUCUCCUCAAUUCCAACGCCAUCAAGAACCUGCCCCCGCCGCUGGGCGGCGCUGCCGGGCACCCAGGCUCCGCAGUCAGCGCAGCUCCCGGGAUUCUGUUUGAGGGCGGCAACAAGUACCAGACCAUUGACAACUACCAGCCGUACCCGUGCGCCGAGGACGAGGAGUGCAGCACCGAUGAAUACUGCGCGAGUCCCACCCGCGGAGCGGGUGCAGGCGCACAAAUUUGCCUCGCCUGCAGGAAGCGCCGAAAACGCUGCAUGCGUCACGCUAUGUGCUGCCCUGGGAAUUACUGCAAAAAUGGAAUAUGUAUGCCUUCUGAUCACAAUCAUUUCAAUCGAGGGGAAAUUGAGGAAACCAUUAUUGAAAGCUUUGGUAAUGAUCACAGCACCUUGGAUGGGUACUCCAGAAGAACUACACUGUCUUCAAAAAUGUAUCAUACCAAAGGACAAGAAGGUUCUGUCUGUCUCCGAUCAUCAGACUGUGCCACAGGGUUGUGUUGUGCUAGACAUUUCUGGUCCAAGAUCUGUAAACCUGUUCUCAAAGAAGGUCAAGUAUGCACCAAGCACAGGCGAAAAGGCUCCCACGGGCUGGAGAUAUUCCAGCGUUGUUACUGUGGAGAAGGUCUGUCUUGCCGGAUACAGAAAGAUCACCAUCAAGCCAGUAAUUCUUCUAGGCUUCACACCUGUCAGAGACACUAAGCCAGCUGUCUGAACACACUGGACUCCAUUUACAUAAUAUAUGCUAUGAAAACCGUUUGUGACUUUCGUGAGCUCAAUCCUUAAGGAUGUACAAAUUCUGUGGUUACAGUUAAGCAUUCCAAUAAUACCUUCCGAAAAUCUGGAGUGUAAGAGCUUUGUUUCUUUGUGGAACUCCCCUGUCAUUGAUUGCAGUAAAUUACUGUGUUGUAAAUUUUCAGUGUGGCACUUACCUGUAAAUGCGACAAAACUUUUAAUUAUUUUUCUAAAGGUGCUGCAUUGUCUGUUGUUCCUCUUGUUAUGUAAAUUUUGUACACAUUGAUUGUUAUCUUGACUGAUAAAUUCUCUAUAUUGAAUUGAAAUAAAUACUUUCAGCUUAUACUUCUUAAAUGCAAAACCCUUCCCCCCUUUUAAUUCUAGAAUCUAGAAUGUAAGGAGCUUUUGGAAUGACAAAUGAUAGGUAUGUAAGAUUUAACAUGAAAAUAUUAGCUUAUUUUCCAAGAUGUACUAUCUCAGUGCUUAGAUUAUAUUUAUCUCUAGGCUGUGAUAGUCCUUGAAAUAAAAUUUAACUUUUAAUACCAUGAAAUAGUACAAGUAUAGAUAAAUUUUGGCAGUGUGAUCUUAGAGGGCUGUAUGUGUGUGGUGUGU